AUGUCUUUCGCGAGUAGCUGUGGUCUUUUGUGGGUCACUGCUUGCUGCCCCCUCCUGCAUUCUCUACCGCGCAGAAGUCAUUGUCGAACAACAACAUGGGAAAGUGAUACGGAUUUGAGGCACGCCCCAGACCAACAUGAGGGCGGCAUCAAUGAGCAGCUUCUGGCCAUCAACAAGGUGCUUCACAGCGAGCUGCUGCGGCAUCGGUUGCGAGCAGAUUCGUUUGAAAAAUGCUGUCGGUGGCGCCUUUCCUUCAGCUGUGACAAGGAGAAGCUCUCGUCAGCCUUUGACCGUCUUCUGGAGCUGAGUAUUGCGCACGCGUGCGGCAUCGUGGCCACCCGGGUUGUAGUCUUGAGCUCCGGAAGCACCACCGGCGAGGUGGACUUCACAAUUACGGAGGACCCAGCGGCUGCAUCCCCUUCGGAUGUGAUCGAGGAGUUGCGCGAUCAGUUGGGAGAUGCAUUGUCUCCCUUCCGCACUGGCGCCUUCGCGAAAUUCGCCUCCUGCGUCCUGCAACUGAGCGGAGUGCUGCCUUCGCAGCACUGCUUGUGGGCGCCGGAUCCAGCGGCUCCUUUGGCAGAGGCCCUGGAUCCAGUUGCCGAAGGCUUGAGCAGACUGAACGAGCUGGCGGAAUCAGUCGCCCACCCAGACGAAGAACAGGAGGACGAGGAUGUCGCGAAGCGUCCGGAGUACUGGGGCUUGCGUGUCAGAGAUUUGUCCGAGUUCAACUCCUCGAUUCACGACGAGCUUGUUUCAUACUGCCAAGAUCACCACGUCCAUUUCGAGCACGGACAUUGCAUCCACCUUUGCAAGCACGGAGCCAACUGCCCCUGGGGUGAUCAUGAGGGAGUUCUGCAUGACAAGACUCGUGAUGCAUCCAGAAUGCCUGGAACACCGCUGCUUCCGAACAUGCAUGCGGUUGUUUCCCGGUAUGUCAAGCCACAGACCCGGGCCAAGGGAACAUCUUGGGCUGCGAUGAAGCUGCUGGGACUUCGCAUCACCCAUUUCGUGACCCACACGUGGGAGGAGCUUUUCUCCGACUUCGUGGGGAGCUUAGAGGCGGCGUUGAGUCCGGACAACGUGGUUUGGGUUUGCAGCCUGGCGUUGAACCAGAAUGCGAACAUCACCGAGAUGCUGGACGUGGAGCUGUUGAAGUCUCCUUUUGCAGUCGCACUUCGUCGAGCAUCGCGGCAGCUGGUUCUCCUGGAUCGGGACCUCAAGGUGCCUACCAGGUCCUGGUGUGCCUACGAACUUGCUAUUGCGACGAAGUUCGCCAUGCCGACAUUCCUCUGGCCUCAUCCCGGCUCGGACGUUGAGAAGCUUCGGAGAAAGGUCAAGUCCCUCGACCUGCGUGACGCAGUCGCCAGCAAGAAGGAAGACGAGGAGUCCCCCAUGGGGUGGAGGUAUAAAUGA